AGCGGCGCUUCCGGUGCGGCACUUCCGGCGCGGCGGGGCCGGGCGGAGGCACCGGGAGGAGGCCGCGGCCGCCGCUGAGCCCCGAGCGGGCCGGGCCCGCCCGCCGCGAUCCAUCCUCCAGGACCUCACUGUGGGAGAGGAGAGGGAAAAAUGGGACUUUGGGAGGAAUUCCCUGCUCAGAGUGGCCUCACCCCAGCCCUGUGUCAUUCCAGGAGGAAUUCUGCUGCAGGAGGGCUGUGGCGCCGGUGACAGGUGACAGCGAUGGGGUAUGAUGUGGCUCGGUUCCAGGGGGACGUGGACGAGGACCUGAUCUGCCCCAUCUGCAGCGGCGUGCUGGAGGAGCCCGUGCAGGCGCCGCACUGCGAGCACGCCUUCUGCAACGCGUGCAUCACGCAGUGGUUCUCGCAGCAGCAGACGUGCCCCGUGGACCGCAGCGUGGUGACGGUGGCGCACCUGCGGCCGGUGCCGCGCAUCAUGCGCAACAUGCUGUCCAAGCUGCAGAUCAGCUGCGACAACGCCGUGUUCGGCUGCACCGCCGUGGUGCGCCUCGACAACCUGACGGCGCACCUGAGCGACUGCGAGCACAACCCCAAACGGCCCGUCACCUGCGAGCAGGGAUACCAAGGUCCCCCCCUGCAGCCGGAGCCCAUCGUGCCCACCCCCAGCACGGCCACCCCCGUGCCCCCCACCCAGUGA